AGAGAGAGGGAGACAAAGUUUGGAGAGGACCAGGAGAGUGGUGCAGACUUACUGCUUCCACAGAAACCACCCAAACAACGAAUGAAUGAAAUGGAAUGAAUGAAAGAAAAAUACGUGAAACACUUAGGAGGAAGACUAAAAAUUCUGAUCAGUUACUGUAUGUCCGGAAGCACUAGUGGAGAUGGGACUCAAUCCGGGAUUUCUCCUGUUCUUUACUUGGCCGCUGGUUGAUGUGAUGACUGUGGACGAUUGCCAGGAGCAUGAAUACUGGGCUGAAGGUGGAAACUGCGUGGCUUGUAAAGAGUGUGGAGCCGGCCUGGAGCUGUCACAGGACUGUGGGUUCGGAACCGGUGGGGACGGGCAGUGCGUGAGGUGUGGACACAACAGGUACAAGGAGACCUGGGGGUUUGGCAAGUGCAAGCGAUGCCUGUCCUGCUCGCUGUUCAAUCGGCUGCAGAAAUCCAACUGCACCGCACUCAGCAAUUCUGUGUGUGGCGAUUGUUUGGUGGGAUUCUACAGCAAACCCCGGCUGGGAGGGCUCCAGGACAUGGCGUGCAGUCGCUGCGCGGGUAAUGACCCCGGUCAACCCCAGUGUAACCGUGGGGUGGACACAGGCAAGCAGAGCCCUGCGGCCUCGCCAGCUCGGGGCACGCUGGUGGCUGUGAUGUGCGGGUCCCUGGUCACUGUCCUGUUAGCUUUGCUGAUCCUCGGCUUCAUCCACUGCAGACGGCUACUCGCGGAGAAGCUGAUCGGGCAGCCGAGGGGCGUGGAAUCCUCCUCCUCGUCUGAUGGGCAGACGGGUGACAUGUGUACGGAUAAGCUACUGAAGCCCGGCACAGAGCCACUCCCUGGCACCAUCCCAGUGCUCACCAUGGCUAAGAGACUCGGCCAGAUGGACGUGGUUUACCAGGCGAACGACAAUGGGCCCCGUUCACUCCAGACCUGCGUCACCGCCUUCUCCUGCCGGCACCAAGGAGCCAGUUCCUGUGAAGCGCAGACUGUGACCGGGACCCUUGGCCGAGGGAUAGACACAGCCCCAAGGAGCUGCGGAGAGGGAGGGGGGACUGGAGCCUUGGCAGGGGUGACGAUGCUGGCGGAGGAGGCCCCCACCUCAACGCACUGCGCCUCUGCCUGGCAGCAAGCUCGCCACGUGCCGGUGGAGUGCACCGAGCUGGAUGUGACGGACUGCUGGUUGGGGGAGGGGGGCACGGCGGGUCAGCAGGGAGCUGAGGGCAGCCAUUGGCUCCCGAGACCCCCCGCGGGGGAACGCACGCCUUGCCAAAGGCCCCCGGCCUACACGUGUCUGACACAACCACAGCCCUGGUGCAUGGAAUGUGGCAACGCUCAACACAGGCUGGCAGAGGAUGGGCACAGGCAGGCUCUCUCCCUGGCCAGCUCCCCCAGCCCUGGCUCUGAGGUCAGGCCAUUCCCCGCUGGGGGGCCUGCAGGUGGGGGUCCUGGAGCUGGGGCUCUCGGAGACGAGGGUCGCAACCGAGCGACUGAAACGGAUCUGGGACUUCCAGGCUUUGUUCAGGUGCCUGAGCCCCCGCACCGCGCUGCAUGUCAACACCCACCAUCUCCAGCUCAGCCAAGCUCUGGGCCUCCAGUGAGGCUACAUCACGACUGAAGCCAGUCAACGUCAGGGGGUGAGGGGUCGGGGGCUGAGGAAAACACCGUCUCUGAGCACUUGGCUGAUUAAUGCCCCCCUCACCCACCCUCUCUGGAAGAGGGGACUCUGCCUGUGAAUAAUCCCGGGAAAGCCUGUUUCCUCCCGGCUGUUUCUGAACCACUUUGAUGGUGGUGAGGGUGGGGGUUGUUUACACACCUCAA